AUGGGCUUCCUAUCCCUGAAUUACCACAUCACGGUAUACAUUCGUUUUCACUUCCUCCUAGGUUUUUACGAUCUGAAGCUGAUGCCUUGUAUUCUAGCCCGUAAAAGAACAGCACAGAAUGGCAACGAUGAAUCCCAGCCGGCUAAGAAGCCAAAGAAAGUGAAGCCUUAUGUGCCAGUUCUACGCUCUGGCCCGUAUGGGCUGCUCCUGGGGCUUGCCAAUAUGGAUGAAAAUUCAUCCCUUGGACUCACCAAACAGCAGCUUAUUGAACUCGCCCAACCCUAUUGCGAUUCUUCAUAUACAGUGCCUCCUGACCCGUCUAAGUUUUAUACAGCGUGGAAUUCCAUGAAAACUUUGGUACAGAAAGAUCUUGUGUACGAGCAUGGUCGGCCUUCGUCACGAAGGUAUCUGCUCACCGAUGAAGGAUGGGAAAUUGCGAGGAGGAUUAAAAAGACUCUGCCAAGCGAGUGUUCUAAUGAACUUGAAAACCGGUAUAGCCAACCGUCACGAUCUGAUCGACUUGGACGAGCUCAUGAAAUUGAAUUGCAGCGGACUACGGAUCCGUCAGCCUUUCUACCAAGUGGGGGCUUAGACUCAAUUCCUCUCGUUCACCACCAGCACCCUAAGCAGCAAGUAAUUGAUCUAGAAGAUUCGGACUCGGGAGAGAAUUCGAAUCCAGCCAUUCCACGAAUGCAAGAAGCUAUCUCUACAAACAUAACCUCAUCCAAUAGAGAGAUAUCGGACCAAAACGCCGAUAUAUCAUCGUCUACGCCUGCCUUCAGGCCAAUAACACUCCAGCCGGACAGUUUCACCGUCGAGCUUGUCCUCGACGUUCGCGAAAUACGCUCUGUGAAGGACAGAGAUUACAUCGCUAACGAACUCAUGAAGAAGGGAAUAACGCCAGUCGUACGUUCUCUUGAAGUCGGAGAUGUGCUCUGGAUCGCCAAAUGCAGAGACCCAACGUUCCUCGCCCGGCACGGCGAAGAAGGAGACGAAGUCAUGCUUGAUUGGAUUGUGGAGCGAAAACGUUUGGACGAUCUAAUCGGCAGUAUCAAAGACGGGCGCUUCCGUGAGCAGAAAUUCCGACUACGGCGUUCAGGGUUGCAGAAUGUCAUUUAUCUAGUCGAAGACUUCGCUGAUGCGGGUUCUGCCGCGUCGAAAUAUUACGAACAUGUCUCAUCGGCUAUUGCAUCCACGCAAGUUGUGAAUGGUUACUUCGUCAAGCAGACGCGUAAUCUAGAUGAUACCAUCAGGUAUCUAGCUCGAAUGACGGAACUGUUGCGAAGAAUGUACACCACCACCGCCGCCGCCGCCGCCGCCGCCAGUGGCUCUACUAGGACCACCACGCCGUGUUCCCUUUCAAUCAUUCCGUCCAAACACCUCACCUCCUCCCAAGCCUAUCUAGAUCUCCUCAAACGACUUCGCUCUCAGCCAUCGCAACCCACCACCAGAAAACCAACAUAUACAGUCACAUUCCCCAACUUCUCUUCCUUCGCCUCCAAGUCCGAAAUGCUCACUCUUCGCGACCUUUUCUUGAAAAUGCUCAUGUGCACGCGUGGCGUGACGGCUGAUAAAGCGCUGGAGAUCCAGCGGCGCUGGCGGACGCCGCGGGAGUUUGUCGAAGCGUUUGAGGCAGCCUAUCGAAGUCGGCCUGAGGGAGAUGUGGCUGCGAUGGAAAACAUGGUGUUUGAAAAAUUGGGGGGGUUGGUGGGGAGGAGGAAGGUUGGGAAGCAGGUUACCCUCGACUACAUGGAGAGGCCAGAUGAACGCUGA